AUGGCGGAGGAGAAAAGAGAGGAAGAACCACACCCCAACAACUCACCAUCCACCACCAUGGCAUUCUCCGACGAGAUUCCCAACAACUUCACUUUCCCUUUCCAACCACCCACAAUCUUCGACGUCAUGCCGCCGCCGCCGCGCUUGUCGUCUUCCUCCUGCGACCACAAGGACUCGCCGUUCGGCUUCAUGGAGCUGCUCGGCGUCCACGACUACACCGCGCCGUUAUUCGAUUGGCUCCCCGCCGAUGCGCCGUCGCCGGCGAGCUCCAACGUGCCGGACUCCUCUGAGGUGCUGAACGCUCCCGCGUCGCCCAACUUGUCGUCGAUUUCGUCGUCUUCGAAUGAGGCCACCGUCAUCACCACCGCAACCGCUACCGAGGAGCGGAGUGGUAAAGGUGGGAUUGAACACGACGAAGUGGAAGCAGAGGAGGAAGAAGAAGGUGGUAAUGGAGGCAGGGAUGACCCGGAUCAAGAUAAGACUAAGAAACAGUUGAAACCGAAGAAGAAGAACCAAAAGAAGCAAAGAGAACCGAGAUUUGCGUUCAUGACAAAGAGCGAGGUUGAUCACCUGGACGAUGGUUAUAAGUGGCGCAAGUACGGCCAAAAAGCUGUGAAAAACAGCCCUUAUCCCAGGAGCUACUACCGUUGCACCACCGCUGGCUGCGGCGUCAAGAAGCGCGUGGAGCGUUCCUCCGAUGACCCUUCCAUCGUCGUUACCACUUACGAGGGGCAGCACACGCACCCUUGCCCUGCUUCGUCGCGGGCUAGCUUCGGGUUCGUGCACGAACCUGGUGGGUUCGGACAUGCCCGUUCCUUCGGCUCCUCACACUUCUCUCUCCCACAUCAGCACCACCACCAAGCACAAGCUUCGGCUUUGAUGUAUAACUCCGCCCCUCCUUUUGUUAACUCCGCUAGUAACUUCAUGAACACGACGUCGUUUGGUGGGUUUCCUCAGGACCACGCGAACCGUCGAGGUUUCGGACACGAGGCUUUGUUGAGGGACAAUGGGUUGCUUCAGGACAUUAUUGUGCCAUCGCAGGUGAGGAAGGAGGAGAAGGACUGA